AUGGAAAACAAGCUUGAAGCAAAAGACAAAAGCAUUCAGAAAAGAAUACCACGUUCGGUACCAAAAGGUAAGGAAAAGAACUAUAAGUAUAUGAUUUAUACUGAAGAGAUGGAAAAUGAAGAAGAUAAAGAUAUGGUUAUGUUGCAUUUAGUCAGAAGAAACAACAAAAGCUUUUACGACCUUGCUAAGAUUUACAAAUCUGACAGAAAUUGGUUCUAUCGCGAAAACUUACCGAUUUCAAUGACCCCAAAUGAAGAUGUGAAACAAAUAGUUCAAGAUACGUUACCUCAAACACACUAUGAUAUGAAAGGUUGUACAAUACUUACCUUCAAAGAAGACUUACCGCUACUGAAGGAAAAAAUAACAGAGUAUUUUGACAACUUCAAACAAGUAGGGUAG